AUGGCUGCUCCGAACGCUGACGCGCAAGCGUCCGGCUUGGCUGAUGGCCUAAACCCAGCGCACACCUAUAUCCCCAACCAGGGAUAUGUCAACCCCGACGGCUCCCUCCCCGCUAUGGCGGGGCAAGACUCUGCGGCGCAACAAAACGAAGACGAAGAGGAUGACUACUACGAUGAUAUCUUCGAAGAAGAACUCGAUGAAGAAGACUUCACCUCGUCCAACCCCGCCGAUCUAACGAAAUCCUACAAUCGCCAGCGCAAAACGAACGAGCUCUCUGCGGACCCCAACACUCCCAAGUGGACCUUACCGAAGACGAACACCCAGAAACCGUCUGUCAACACUCGCGCCUCCGUCGACGAUCAAGUGAAGUCAUUGACGAAGCAUGCUGGCAAGAUCAAGUUGGACGAUAUGCAGUCAGGCAUGGCGACCCGCGGUGAUCGGGGUGGCGACAGGGCGGACCGCGCUACCUCCGAGCAGGUGCUGGAUCCCCGCACACGUAUGAUCCUGCUACAGAUGAUCAACCGAGAGAUUGUCUCCGAGAUUCACGGAUGUCUGUCGACCGGUAAAGAAGCCAACGUCUACUACUCCAUCUCAUACCCCGAUAACGAGGAGACACCCCUCCACCGUGCCAUCAAGGUCUACAAGACGAGCAUCCUGGUUUUCAAGGACAGAGACAAGUAUGUCACUGGUGAAUUCCGUUUCAGACAAGGAUACAGCAAGAGCAACAACCGGGCAAUGGUCAAGCUGUGGGCGGAAAAGGAAAUGCGUAACUUGCGCCGUAUCUACGCUGCCGGCAUCCCCUGCCCCGAGCCCAUCCACCUGCGCCUCCACGUCCUGGUCAUGGGCUUCGUCGGAAGCUCCAAGGGUGUCGCCGCUCCUAGACUCAAGGACGUUGAGUUCAAUAUCCCCGAUCCCGAUGCCAAGUGGCGCGAGAUCUACAUGGAGUUGCUCGGCUACAUGCGCGUGAUGUACCAAACCUGCCACCUGGUCCACGCCGAUCUGAGUGAAUACAACAUGCUUUACCACAAGAACAAGCUCCACAUUAUCGAUGUCAGUCAGAGUGUCGAACACGACCACCCCCGCAGUUUGGAGUUCCUGCGUAUGGAUAUCAAGAACAUCAGCGACUUCUUCCGCCGCAAGAACGUCGACGUCCUCACCGAACGGGCUGUCUUCGAAUUCGUCAUCUCCAGCGAUGGCCCUACCACCGUCACACCCGCAGAGCCAAUGCUCGAAGCCAUCGAGCACCUCUUCGCCACCCGCAAUGACAACGCCGAGGGCGACACUGAAGUCGACGCCGCCGUCUUCCGUCAACAAUACAUCCCUCAAACCCUGGAACAGGUGUACGACUUUGAGCGCGACGCCGAGCAAGUCCGUGCCGGUAAGGGCGACGACCUCGUUUACCGGGAUCUUCUCGCAGGCGAGAAGAAGAAGAAGGCAGAGGGCCACGAUGAGGAUGAAGAGGAAGAAGGCUCCGAAGCUGGCUCUGACGGUGGCGUAUCUGUUGAUGAGGGAUCCGACUCGGAAGACGGAGAAAAAGAUCCUUUUGCGAAGAAGGCGCCCCGCGGUAAGCGAUUCGAAGAUAAGGACGAGAAGCGCGACCACAAGCAAAAGGUCAAGGAGGAGAAGCGCGAGAAGCGCGCCAAUAAGAUGCCGAAGCAUAUGAAGAAACGUCUUGUUUCUUCGUCUUCGAGAAAGAAGAAAUGA